AUGAAAAAAAAAGAGAGAGAGGCUUUAUGUUAUGUCUAUCAGGUCUUUAUUAAAAAGGACAAUGGCUAAUUUCGGCCAUUCAAUCAAUAAAUUUUGAUUGCUAAAGGAGAACAAUGAAUUUUUCCUUUUUCCCUUUUUUCUUCUUUGCCCACAACACAACAACACUAAAACUUCAUUUCCUUUUUUUGUCAAUUUAUAUACAUUGUUUGUAUAUAAAAUAUACAACAAUGGACCUUUCAGAAGCAACUCAGUAUUUUGAUGGAGGAAUAAUAUUUGUGAGUUAUAUUAUAUCAGUGAUUGGAGCACAAACGACACUUGAAUUAUUGACAAGAAGAACUCAUAUCCAUGGAUUAUACAACUGGUUUUUACUGGCGUCAGCAUCCUUCACGAUGGGUGCUGUUGGUAUCUGGUCGAUGCAUUUUAUUGGAAAUAACAGCAUGACCCUUUGGACGGACGAUGCCUCUUAUCAGUUAUCAUAUGAAGCAGGCUAUACAUUUGCAAGUCUGGUUGUCGCUAUUGUGUGUAUGUUUAUAUCAUUUGCAUUUGUUGGCGUAACUGAAAAGGCACAAUUGAUACGUAUCAUACCAAGUGGCAUCUUUACAGGAUGUGGUAUUGCCUGCAUGCACUAUCUGGGUCAAUUCGCCGUCGAGUAUUUCGUUAUUGGCUAUAAGAGAGCCUAUGUUAUUGGUGCGAUCGUUAUUGCCUGUAUCGCCGUUACAAUUGCCCUCUAUAUUUUUUUCAAGUUACGCGAAAACUGGACGGAUACGUGGUACAAGAGGUUAGGUUGUGCAAUGUUGAUGGCUGUUGCAGUUUGCGGCAUGCAUUACACUGCAUUAGUGGGGACAGUUUUCUACGUUCCCUAUGGACACAACCCACCUCCUCAACCAAAGCUUCGUCCAGCUGCCUUGAUUGGUAUUAUUGCUGCUAUUGUCGUAGUGGCUUGCGCUACAUUAUCCUAUAUCAGUUUCAAGACUGGCUUAAAAGAAUUUAAGAAAGUGACCAGCAAGCGACUGAUUUUGGACUCUGUCAUAUUUGAUAAAUCUGGGCAUAUCCUUGUAAAAGUAGAUGGAACAUUACCCGCGAAAGAAAUCAUACAUGACCUUGAUGCAAAUGAAGCUACUCAACAUUUCAACUCGGGUCAUCCAUUGUUUAUUCUUUUGUUUGAAGCGAUUAUCCAAAGAGUAUCAAUUCAAACUCCUUUCUUAGACAACAGACGCCACUCUGGCGUUUCAGAUACCUCACAGCCACUUCUUGAUUCAAUCAAGAACCAGUUUCUGGAUGCUGUGCAAGACUUGCAGCAAGAGCUUCACUUUAUGUAUCCUUCGGAUCUCGGUAUCAUGAGUGAUAUUGUUGUUACUACAGACACGAUAGCAAAGUCCGCUUUCUCUAAAGUCAACCCCUUUGCACAAAAAAACUCCAAGCAAAGGCAAAGUUUUCAGUACGGUAAUCAGCCUCUCGCUGAAAUUAUUGAUGAAACAGUUGUCGAUUUGACCGUUAAAGGUAAAAGGAUGUCAAGACUUGUCAACCUGAUGAGCACAAGCAAACUAUCAGAGGACGAGGAGCUGGGCGGGAAUUCCGGCCGUACUAAGCGAUUGUCCUCAAGCACGGCACUUGCAUCGGUCGAUACGUUAAGACUCUCUGUUGAAGACUCGGAUGGUGAAGACAAACACAUUUUUCUGACUCAGCGACUUACCAGUAAUAAGGAGACUCAGCGACUGCUAUCUCAAGGCUAUCGAUUUGCUGAACCUACGUUCAUUGCAAAAACGAUGGCAGCUAAACUACGCGUGCCUCCUGAAUAUAUGCGACAGUGCUUUCUGGAUAUGGAUCAGCUAAUAAACUCCACUUACACCCUUACUCGAGCACCAUCAGAGACUAAAAAUGCUGUCUGCAUGGGCGCCUUUGUCUUGGUAGAAGAAAAUGGACUAAGCAUUCUCGUUGACAAGGUCAAGCGAUAUGCGUUUCCUUUUGUAGACCUCAUGUUGGAUAACGAAGGAGAAUUAGACCGGCAAGAACUGGACUAUAUCAACACUACUCUGCAGGGACGCACUUUACUUGAGAUAUCACAAUCUCCAAAAGAUUCUUGGCCAAGUCCUCGAUUAGCAAAGGCUCUUGAACAUGCAGCUAACCAACUAUUUGACAUUAGCGCCUACAGUAAAGCACUCUAUCAGUCAUCUGUGCUUCACAGCACAGUCAUUGACCUACCAGCAUUUGCACUUACUCCUUGUCCCUGUCAAUUGAUUUUAUUUACCACUUUGGUAACUACGCCUGGAACCGAAACAGCUAUCAAUCGUACAUUUUACGAACCUUUCAAGUGUAUUCCUUUAUCCAUCUUCAAGCCUCUUUGUGGUUAUCUCACGGACCAGGCUGCCUACAUUUACCAACUUGAGAAUCGGCCUCGUCCGUACUCUAUGCAGCAACAAUUGUAUCUCCAGGCUGGCCUUUCAGAGCAUACUCAAUCAUCAGAUCAAGUGGAAGAAAUCAUAGAACCCUCUAAUAGGCAUAACUUUUCACUACCCCCUCCACCUAGAUCAAAGCGCAAGAGACUCUCGACAACAGUUGUAUCAUCACAAACACCGCUUUCUGUAUUAAAGACACCACUCACUGUUUUACCCACAAAAGAUAGAUUCUGGUGGAUAGACUUGAUUGUAGAAAACAUCAUUCAUAAUAGCAUCUAAGCAAACCAAUUUGUAUUAUAUACAUAUAUAUUCAUGUACUGUUUAAAUUUUUGUCUACCGUAAU